AUGGACUGUCAACUCACCUUCACCUUUACUUCCAGACCCCUCCCCCCUCUUCCUCCCUCUCAUGGGUGUCGCCUCGUCCGAUCACAUGUGACCUUUCCCCCGGAGAGGCUCAAAUAUCCAGGCACCCCUCAGUCAGUCCAGGGCCAAAACCAGUCAAAAAACAAGAGCUCACAGGGACAGGAGCUCACAGAGACAGAAGCUCACAGGGACAGGAGCGCACAGAGACAGAAGCUCACAGGGACAGGAGCUCACAGGGACAGAAGCUCACAGGGACAGGAGCUCACAGGGACAGGAGCUCACAGGGACAGGAGCUCACAGAGACAGAAGCUCACAGGGACAGGAGCUCACAGAGACAGGAGCUCACAGAGACAGAAGCUCACAGGGACAGGAGCUCACAGGGACAGGAGCGCACAGAGACAGAAGCUCACAGGGACAGGAGCUCACAGGGACAGGAGCUCACAGAGACAGAAGCUCACAGGGACAGGAGCUCACAGAGACAGAGGCUCACAGAGACAGGAGUGCACAGAGACAGAAGCUCACAGGGACAGGAGCGCACAGGGACAGGAGCGCACAGAGACAGAGCUCACAGAGACAGAGGCUCACAGGGACAGGAGCUCACAGGGACAGGAGCGCACAGAGACAGAAGCUCACAGGGACAGGAGCGCACAGAGACAGAAGCUCACAGGGACAGAAGCUCACAGGGACAGGAGCGCACAGGGACAGGAGCGCACAGAGACAGAGGCUCACAGAGACAGGAGUGCACAGAGACAGAAGCUCACAGGGACAGGAGCGCACAGAGACAGAAGCUCACAGGGACAGAGAGCUCACAGGGACAGGAGCGCACAGAGACAGAAGCUCACAGGGACAGAGGCUCACAGGGACAGGAGCUCACAGGGACAGGAGCGCACAGAGACAGAAGCUCACAGGGACAGGAGCGCACAGAGACAGAAGCUCACAGGGACAGAAGCUCACAGGGACAGGAGCGCACAGAGACAGGAGCGCACAGAGACAGAGCUCACAGGGACAGGAGCGCACAGAGACAGGAGCUCACAGGGACAGAAGCUCACAGGGACAGGAGCUCACAGAGACAGAAGCUCACAGGGACAGGAGCGCACAGAGACAGAAGCUCACAGGGACAGAAGCUCACAGAGACAGAAGCUCACAGGGACAGGAGCGCACAGAGACAGAAGCUCACAGAGACAGAAGCGCACAGAGACAGAAGCUCACAGGGACAGAAGCUCACAGGGACAGGAGCGCACAGAGACAGAAGCUCACAGGGACAGGAGCUCACAGGGACAGGAGCGCAUGGAGACAGAAGCUCACAGGGACAGGAGCGCACAGGGACAGGAGCUCACAGGGACAGGAGCUCACAGGGACAGAAGCUCACAGGGACAGGAGCGCACAGGGACAGGAGCUCACAGGGACAGGAGCUCACAGAGACAGGAGCUCACAGAGACAGGAGCUCACAGGGACAGAAGCUCACAGGGACAGGAGCUCACAGGGACAGGAGCGCACAGAGACAGAAGCUCACAGGGACAGGAGCGCACAGAGACAGGAGCGCACAGAGACAGAGGCUCACAGGGACAGGAGCGCACAGAGACAGGAGCUCACAGGGACAGGAAGCUCACAGGGACAGGAGCUCACAGAGACAGAAGCUCACAGGGACAGAGGAGCGCACAGAGACAGAAGCUCACAGGGACAGAAGCUCACAGAGACAGAAGCUCACAGGGACAGGAGCGCACAGAGACAGAAGCUCACAGAGACAGAAGCGCACAGAGACAGAAGCUCACAGGGACAGAAGCUCACAGGGACAGGAGCGCACAGAGACAGAAGCUCACAGGGACAGGAGCUCACAGGGACAGGAGCGCAUGGAGACAGAAGCUCACAGGGACAGGAGCGCACAGGGACAGGAGCUCACAGGGACAGGAGCUCACAGGGACAGAAGCUCACAGGGACAGGAGCGCACAGGGACAGGAGCUCACAGGGACAGGAGCUCACAGAGACAGGAGCUCACAGAGACAGAAGCUCACAGGGACAGAAGCUCACAGGGACAGGAGCUCACAGGGACAGGAGCGCACAGAGACAGAAGCUCACAGGGACAGGAGCUCACAGGGACAGGAGCUCACAGGGACAGGAGCGCACAGAGACAGAAGCUCACAGGGACAGGAGCGCACAGAGACAGAAGCUCACAGGGACAGGAGCGCACAGAGACAGAAGCUCACAGGGACAGGAGCGCACAGAGACAGAAGCUCACAGAGACAGAAGCGCACAGAGGACAGAAGCUCACAGGGACAGAAGCUCACAGGGACAGAAGCUCACAGGGACAGAAGCUCACAGGGACAGGAGCGCACACAGAGACAGAAGCUCACAGGGACAGGAGCUCACAGAGACAGAAGCUCACAGGGACAGGAGCUCACAGGGACAGGAGCGCACAGAGACAGAAGCUCACAGGGACAGGAGCUCACAGGGACAGGAGCUCACAGGGACAGGAGCUCACAGAGACAGAAGCUCACAGGGACAGGAGCGCACAGAGACAGGAGCUCACAGGGACAGGAGCGCACAGAGACAGAAGCUCACAGGGACAGGAGCUCACAGAGACAGAAGCUCACAGGGACAGGAGCGCACAGGGACAGGAGCUCACGGGGACAGGAGCUCACAGGGACAGGAGCUCACAGGGACAGGAGCUCACAGGGACAGGAGCUCACAGGGACAGGAGCUCACAGGGACAGGAGCUCACAGAGACAGGAGCUCACAGGGACAGGAGCUCACAGGGACAGGAGCUCACAGGGACAGGAGCUCACAGAGACAGAAGCUCACAGGGACAGAAGCUCACAGGGACAGAAGCUCACAGGGACAGGAGUGCACAGGGACAGGAGCGCACAGAGACAGAAGCUCACAGGGACAGGAGCGCACAGUGUGUGA